AUGGUGAAGAAUGAAAUGAAGAUGAUUCGGUAGGUGUAAAUAAGUGUCAAUUAAUCCAAGCAAAAGCAAAUCUCGGCAAUCCCUACACUAAGCCCAAUUUCAUUUACCCCUUAAAACGCAGGGCGUCGGCGCCAGCCAGUUUGGAAGCCGGACGACCUCAGCGUGACUUGCCCAUAGCGGUGAAGGAAACAAUGCAAGCAAUUAAUUCAAUAGAGAAAAAUUACAGAAGUUAAAGUCUUCGAAUAUAUCCCCACACUUGAAUUUUCCAACAUGUAGGUAAUAUCUUUAGCAUAAAAUUAAUUCAAACUGCUUUGCCUGUGAUUGCUUUAUGCGGUGGGCUUGACCGUAUCUUGCAGAUGUACAGGAAUUGGUCGCGGUAGGCUGUUCUGUGUAAGUGAUCAAGUUAGGGCGACUGAUGGUAAGCAAAAAGUAUACAAAACACUGCCUACUUAUGCAAAACUAGUAGGUAUUUAUGUGUGUUAAGCCCGCUCCGCCGGAAUAAUAAACCAUCCCCUCUGAAGUAGGUUUUUGAUUCUAAAAAAUAAAUAGAGUUGUUAGAUUAAUUACCGUGCAGCAUAAUCCCAUGAUAAAUAUCCACGUAAGAAUGCGACCCUUAGACAAGCUUCUUUCCGAUUUUCGAUGUCCUUAUAUAUUUUAUAGAAAAUAUGCAUAGAAAGCAAUCGUUCGUUUACUUAUUUUAGAGAUAAUUAUGUCUUCCUUAGAUUCUAUACUCAAAGGAAUAGCAUAAUUUGUUUUCAAAGCUUUUUCGAUUUCUGAAAAAUAUAGAAACCUGGCCUGCCUUUACAUCUGCGUUCAAGGUUCCUAAAGUAUGAACUGUAUAAUUUCCGCUUAAGCAAAAUCAUUCAGCUGGUGUUGCGGUCUGAAGCUUUAUUCAACGCAACUGAUGCCAAACCUGUCAACGUGAUCGCAGUGGUGGAAUCAGACAUCAGUCAGACGGAGUCGACAGACGAGUUCAAUUGGCUCAUCCGACACAAAAUUCCCUCUCUGCUUAUGGUUCACAGGCCGCGCGAAAUGCUGCCCAAGGUGGAACGUGCUGCACCCGGGGAACUCAAGGCCGACAAAUGUCUCGUUGUCGUGUCUGUGGACAGGGGCCGUCUCAUGGUUAUUUUGGACGAGACAGAUUACCUUCAAAAUGUCAAACGUUUACUGGAGGACUGUCAGUCAUGCGGUCCGUGCGCACCCAACCUCGUAAAAAUGCUGACACGAGAAAUCUAUGCGACACUGUCGGAAGUGGAGAACUCAGGUGCAAUAUCGCCUGUUGACAGACGCAUGGCGAGAGCCCAGGACAUGGCUUUUGCCCGAUACUAUGGUCAUUCCAAGGUGCACAAAGUGGGUGUCCCACUCCGACCCAUCGUAUCACUCAAAGCUACUACAGCGCAUGGACUAGCAAAAUGGCUGUUUCGGUGUUCUGACCGCAAAUUCGGACACUACAGUCAGUUCUUCAGCAGUAUUCUUGGGUAAGUCCCUUGCCAAGCGACUUCAUGGUAUCCUUUGACGUCACGUCCAUUAUUAUUUCUAAUCCGCUAAACCUGGCAGUCAAUUACAUCGAAUUACUCCUGAGAGACUAGCACGAUCAAAGGGAGAAACGCCUCGGACAGGCCUAAAUCCUCCAACUGCUGAAAUUUGAUCUCAAAACCUACUUCAGAUUUGACGAAACAAUCUACGAUUCGAGACUCAUGGAUAAAACGGUGGAGUCGCCGGUCUUCCGACAUCACAGAUCAAAAUUCUGGGCUCGGCAUAUAGAUCAUACCUUCGUCGUCAUUGAACGGGAUCAGGUGUUAGCUUUCAAAGAACGUCUCAACGCCGUUAACGCGGACAUGAAAUUUGCGAUGGAGGAAGAAGCCAACAACUAG